CGGGGUUGUUUUUAACAGCGUCACCGGCUGCAACAGCCGGCCGCCCCUCGUCUGUGCGGAGCCCCGCUGGGGACCGCGCUCAGCGUGCUUUGAAAAUGUCUGAAAAUUCCAGUGACAGUGAUUCAUCAUGUGGCUGGACUGUCAUCAAUCACGAGGGCUCUGACAUAGAGACAGUGACUUCAGAAAAUGGAAGUACAAAUGAUAGCCAGGAGUUUGUUUCUGAAGAAUAUGUUGCUUUGCAAGAAGAGGAGCAAUCAGUUGAUUUGCAAGCUCAAGGCAACAGUGAUGGAGAAAUACCAGUGGUAGAUGAUGCUCUGUCUGCGUUUGAGGAGACACAGACAGUUCCAGAGGGAAAGAAAAUAGAAGUCCUUGAUGAUGUGUCCUGCAUUGGAACUGUUAGUGAUGAUUCUGACAUUGUUACACUUGAGGCUCCAAAACCAGAUGAAACCCACAGUCAGGAAGAAGCUCAGGCUGAGAGUGAAGAAGCUCAAAUUUCAGAUUUUAACAUGGGUUCCUCCUCCAGCAGUCAGUAUGCAUUUUCCCAUCUAGAAACUGUCAGUUUGCUGGAGAAGCUGAGGAAGAUUCCUGAUUGUGUAAGGGGAUGGGGAAAUGAGGUGAAAGAGCAUGUGUCUCGCAGUCUUCGUUUCCAAGUUUUUUCAUCUCAGGCCAGCAAUGAUGAAUCAAGUAGUGAUGAAGCUAGCAAUCAGUCUGGUCCCACCAUACGAAAACGUCGUGCUAAGAAGAGGCUGAUCUCUAGCUCUGAGGCUGAUGGUGGGUCACCUCCUGAACAGGAAUCUGAACCUCCUAAAGAAGAGCAGCACAAACGCCAGUUCAGUAGUGGCCUUAACAGAUGCAUCAUACUAGCUUUGGUGAUUGCAGUCAGCAUGGGCUUUGGACACUUCUAUGGUACAAUACAGGUCCAGAAACGUCAGCAGCUGGUGACAAAGACACAUGAAUUAAAAGAUAUGAAAGAUGACCUUUACCAGUGCCAGCAGCAAGGAGAUAAAAUGCAUCAUAAAGUGGGGUUUCUUGAAGGAGAUCUUUCCACAUGUUUGACCUCUACUGAGGUAGAGAAGAAAUCCUUUGAAUCUCAAAAAAAAAGUCUUGCUGCUGAAAAUCAGCAUUUGAGAGAAUCUCUAGAAAGGGAAGAAAAAGCUUUGGCCUCCCUUCAGGAAGAAUUAAGGAAGCUAAGACAACAAAUUAGAAACUUGGAAGAUAAAGGCACUAGCACCGAGUCUAUUGUAAUGGAAAAUCAGAAAUUAAGGGAGCAUUUGGAAGAGGAAAAGCAAAGAAACCACAACUUUCUUAGGCAAAAGGAAACACUCUUUGCAGAGGCACAGAUGUUAAGGAGAGAACUGGACAAAGAACGUCAUGUUACAGAAGCCCUGAAAAAAGAACUGGAACAGUUAAGUUCUCGUCAAACACCUGACAGUGGUAAUGAUGAUGAUACAUUAAAAGAAAAUCAAGAAAUAGAAACUUUGAGAGAAAGACUAGUAGAACUAGAAAAAAAGCUAAACUUUGAGCAACAACGCUCUGACUUAUGGGAGAAGCUGUACGUAGAAGCGAAAGACCAAACCGAAAAACAAGAAAUGAAUGAAAAGGGGCAAAAGAAAGGUGCUAAAGGGCAAAGUAAGACUAAAAAGAAAUCAAAAGAAUCAUUUUUUGGUUCAGUUAAAGAAACUUUUGAUGCUAUGAAAAAUUCCACGAAAGAGUUUGUAAGACACCAUAAAGAAAAGAUUAAGCAGGCUAAAGAAGCAGUGAAAGAAAACCUGAAAAAAUUCUCUGACUCGGUAAAGUCUACAUUCAGACAGUUCAAAGAUACCACAAAAAACAUCUUUGAUGAAAAGGAGAAGUCCUCAAACGAUAAAAGACAUGAGGCAAACAAGAAAGCAAGAACUUUUUACAGAGAACAUAACUCUCAUGAGAACCUGAAGCACACACAUUACAGGGGACCUUACAUGCCAAAAGAUUUCAAAGACGGAAGAAAACGUCAGUUUACAUUUGAAGAAGACACAGAUUCACAGAAAUGUCUCGGUGAUCCUUUGUGUAACAGAAAGCAUCAGUUUGUCCUAAAGGGCUGCUCUGGUAUUUUUGAAUGUGCUCAUCAAGAAUUUAUUAGUCUGUUUAACAGAGUAUCAGAUCCUAUCAGGGUGGAUGAAUUUAAUCGGCUAAUGAAAAAAUACUUGCAGCAAGUUGUACAUAACUUUCAUCACUGGAGAGAACUAGAAAAUUUCAUCAACAAAUUUUUUCACAAUGGGUUAUUUAUACAUGACCAGAUGCUCUUCACCGAUUUUGUUAAUGAUGUCAAGGAUUACCUGGAAGACAUGAAGGAGUACCAAAAUAAUAAUGAAAAUAUUUUUGGAGAUUUGGACAAAUACGUCUACAGAUACUACUUUCAUUAUGAUAAUUCACCCCAAUACGGACCAAGUCGACCUAAAAGACCUUCUUUUACACAAAGCGAAAAUUCCCGCCAUGAAAAACAAGCCCAGAAGUACCACCACCGCAACAAAAGAGAAGGUAAAUGGCAUAAACAUGGUCGCACUAAUGGAAGACACAUGGCAAACCUUGAAAUAGAAUUGGGGCAAUUACCCUUUGAUCCAAAAUAUUGAGUAAUUUAUGGUAAAACUAAGAUUAGAAUUCACAUCCUCUCCAGAAAGUAAUUGUUUUUCAGCAAAGCAGCAAGAUGCAAGCUUUUUCUCCAAGUAAUUUCAUUUUUACACAUUUUUGUUAAAAAGCAAAGGUCAAGCUUUCUAAUUUGCAUAUUCUGUACUGUUGCUUUCACUGUUCUUUGGAGGCGAUGAGUUUGGGUGUCAGCAGUAUUGUUACAGAAACUAGGCAUGCAAUGACUUGUGUAUGAAAAAUACGCUUACUUGCAUCACAUUAGUGUAGCUCAAAUCUUGAGUCAUGCAUAAUGUACCAAUAAUUAGCUCCAGUGUUUGAUAUACUAACUUCAUCCUGUCCUUCAAAAAAUAGGUCUACAUUAUGGUAAUGUAUUUGUUAAGUGUUCUGUAAUCUUGUACUUGCUUGUCUUUGUGGGGAGGGGGAGUGUUCAAGAGCUUGUUAAAUUGUGAAGAAUUUGCUGUGCUGCAUUCUAAUCAGCUUUUAAGCACUGGAAAUGCAUAUUGUAUGAAAAAAUAAAGAGACAUUGUGGGUAAAAGACUUUAUUUAUAAAACAAACCUAGCAUUAGUUGUACAGUUCUAUAAAAUGGUCCAGUCUUGUCUACUUUCUUAUGAAGCAGUUACAUGGCACCUUUGUUUUUUG